UAGCUUAGCUUAGCUCUCGCCCACCUCGUCCUCCUCUUUCUCCAACGACUCCCUCAUUCUCAUCGAGAGCCUUCUUUUCUAUUCUGGUCGCCGUUGCCCGCUUCCUUUCGUCAAUCGUCCCGUUAGCAUAGCGAUGCCAAUUGUUCCUGGUUCUCUGCCCGGCACUUGCGUCAUCUGCCAUCAUUUCUUCUCCGCAUCCAACCGUUGUGCUCAAGUUUAAGCCACCAGGUCAAGUUUCUUGCGGGGUCGUUGCGUGAUCCUGCACUCAUAUUACCCAACGGUCUGGGUGCUGGCCUGUCCGGCGUGAUCCACGAUGGGAGUCUUUCGAUCGCGAGGUCGCAGUGAUUCAUGCGCCUCUCGGCUGUCUCCACGCCGCUCCUCGCUCUCCAACAGCGUGGGUCGAGAAGCGAUUGAUAUCCCCGUUGAACAGGCAAACGGUGGCAGCCCUCCUCGAACGGGCAUUGAACCCUCGGGGUCUGGCGGAGGCAGCUACAGGACCCCGAGUCGCUCCUUUUACCACCGGUCCUUUAACCAUACCCAAGAUCCGGCUCACUACUCAUCUCAUGGCCUCCGAGAGCAAACGGCCGAGCUGGCAUCCUUUGCAUUGUCGAUUAAUGGAAACUCCUUUCCGCAGGAACGAAGCACUCUCCCUCCGUCUUUGGACAUUUUUCAAUCCCCCCAGGCUACCACUUCUUCUGCACCUUCUUCUUCGUCGCCUACUGAUACUGUAGUUCCUGAAAUGCCGGCUCCUCUAGACAUCACAUCGGCUCCCAGUCCUGCCUUGGGAUCCUCGGUAUUGACUGAGCUGAUCCGGAGUCCUUCCGACUACCCCGAAAAUGACCGAAUCCAUCGAGACAGCGGCGGAUCAGGGGAUGGCGUUGAUGAGAAUGGGGUCUCCAGAGAAGCGCCUGCUUUCGCGACUGACGUACGCGAGGCUCCUGUCAGCGAGCGAACUUCUUUGCUCCCCGGGUCCUCGCAGUCAAAACCCUUUCGUAGCUACGGCAUUGCCGAAGACGUUGAGAGACAGGAUGCGGCAGUCAAGCAGAGAUCCGAUGCUUUUCAUAAAGCCCUUUCGAAUGCGACUUUUACUUUGCGGAUGUUGAAAAAUCCAAAGUCCUGGGAUAGGCGGACAAUAUGGCAAAGAGGAAUCGCUGAACCGGUUAGCCUUCUUCCGUCCGUCUUCCUCGGUCUCUUGCUCAACAUUCUCGAUGCUCUCUCGUACGGAAUGAUCUUGUUCCCGUUGGGAGAGCCUAUCUUCUCCGAGCUGGGAUCGGAUGGAAUCUCAAUGUUCUACGUCAGUACCAUCAUCUCCCAAUUGGUCUUCUCUUGCGGAGGCUCCAUCUUCCGCGGUGGAAUAGGUAGUGAGAUGAUAGAAGUCGUCCCCUUCUUUCAUCAAAUGGCCUUCACCAUUCUAGCGCGCGUUGGUCCGGACAACCCAAAGUCGGUUCUGGCUACCUGUAUCUUGGCCUUCUCUGUCAGUUCGGUCCUGACAGGGUUGGUGUUCUUCUUGAUGGGCACUUGUGGGCUGGGGUCUCUGAUCGGGUUCUUCCCCAGACACAUCCUGAUCGGCUGCAUCGGCGGUGUGGGCUUCUUCCUCAUGCAGACCGGCGUGGAGGUAUCGGCUCGACUGCCAGGGUCUCUUGAGUAUACGCUUCCUACUUUGCAGAAGCUCUUCCAGUUGGAUACUGUGUUUCUUUGGAUGAUACCCGUUUUGCUUGCGGUUGGUCUUCUUGUUUUGAAGCGUUUUGUUCGUUCGAAUUUCUUGGUUGGUGGUUAUUUCAUUGGCGUUGCUAUCAUCUUCUACAUUGUCAAACUGGGCGCCCGGUUAUCUAUGGAUACCUUGCGCAACAGCGGGUGGGUAUUCGAUGCUCCUUCAUCUUCCAAUCCUUGGUGGCAUUUCUACACGCUUUAUGAUUUUGCCGCCGUGGAUUGGACCGCGUUUUUGGAUACUAUUCCUGCCAUGUUUGCCCUCACAUUCUUCGGGGUUCUUCAUGUUCCUAUUAACGUUCCGGCUCUGGGGAUAUCCACAGGCGAGGAUAACUUGAACGUGGACCGUGAGCUCAUGGCUCACGGAGUGACCAAUGCCUUAUCGGGCUUUGCAGGCAGCAUACAGAAUUACCUUGUAUACACUAAUAGUCUGCUGUUUAUUGACAGCGGAGGUAAUAAUCGCCUGGCGGGAAUCAUGCUUGCAGCUGCUACCGGGGGCAUCCUUCUCAUCGGUCCAGUGAUCGUCGGAUUCAUCCCUGUGAUGGUCGUGGGGGCUCUCAUUUUUAUGCUGGGAAUCGAGCUGAUGCAGGAGGCUUUGGUUGACACUUGGGGCAAGUUGCAUCGCCACGAAUACGUGACGGUUGUCAUCAUUGUCGUAACGAUGGGUGCUUGGGAUUUCGUCGUCGGUAUCUUCAUUGGUAUCAUUUUAGCAUGUAUGAGCUUUGUUGUUCAAACAUCGCGCAAAUCGGCCAUCCGAGCCACGUUUUCGGGCAAGAUUACGGGUUCCACGGUCAGGAGACCUCCUAUUCAACAGCGGUUCCUGAGAGAGGCGGGCCAGCAGACUCUCAUGACCAAGCUUGGCGGCUAUCUAUUCUUCGGAACCAUCGUCAAUGUCGAGAAUACCAUGCGCGGCCUCAUUGAAGAGGAGUCAUUCAACCGACGUCCGAUUCGGUUCCUGAUUCUUGAUUUCACUCGGGUGUACGGCAUGGAUUUCUCAGCGGCCGAAGCCUUUACCCGCAUCAACCGGGUGCUCCAAAAACGAAACGUGCAGAUAAUUAUUUCGGGGCUUGAUGUACAGGGCGACGUUGGUCGCAGCCUUCAGAAUGUUGAGCUCUUCGCGCCUGAGAACGGCGUAGAGAUCUUUGAAGAUCUCAAUUCGGCUCUAGAAUUCUGCGAGAAUGACUAUCUGAAAGUGUUUUACAGCCACCGCGAAGCUUUACUGAAGAAGAAAGAUGCCUCACCGGCCUUUCUGGAGGUCCCUGCGCCACAUGGCACCCCUCAGAUGCACGACGUUAUCGUGAGCUCUCCCCGUCAUCGGUACCUGCAGCAGGCUGCUACCACGACCCUCCGCGAAGACGAGACGGCAGUGAUGGUUCCGGCGGCAUGGUCGGCGAUGCGACAGCCUCUUCCUCUUCUCUUGCAGACGUUCCAAGGGCUGAGCCUGCGGAACGAGGACUUUUGGUUCUCGGCCUGCACGUAUUUUGCCCGCGAAUGCUACAGCGCGGGUACCGUCCUGUUUGAAGAAGGCGACGUACCUCAGGCAUUCUAUCUCUUGGAGUCAGGCAUGUUACGCGCCGAGUAUGAAUUGCCACAGGGGCGGUAUUUCGAGCUCAUCGUGGCGGGACGACCCUGCGGCGAGCUGCCAUUCUUCAGCGAGACCCGACGGACGGCGACCGUCAAGGCCGAGCAAGACUGCGUGGCGUGGUGUCUGAGUGCAGAGAAAUGGCAGGCCUUGCGGGAGGCCGAACCGGAGGUUGCGCGGGAGCUCCUGACGGUCAGUCUGAAGUUGACCACGGAGCGCAUGGACAGCAUUACCUCUUAUGUUCUUACGACGGCGGCAUGAAUGAUUUGCAUGGGAUGAGUCUUUUUGGGGGGUCUUCAUUGCAUAAUAAUUGAACUCGAUUUGGCGAUCGUUUGAGCGUUUGGUUACUGCGAUUAUGUACAUGCUAUUCUUGGGUGGGAUUAGGUCUUGGACUACCAGCAU